AUGCCGAAAAUCGUCUCCAGGUCUGCGAUUUCUUCUUCCAUUGAUGGUAGGUGCUAUAUCAAGGGUGGUUUAGCAAUAUGUCCAAAUUGCGUUGUUAGCCCUCCAACGGACUCUGCAACAGCGUCGCUUAGGGUGUAUUACUGCCUUUGUGGAGAGUUCAUCCUAGUCAUUGAUAAAUCGCUGAACUCCCUCCCUCGCCGAAAAACUGAUGGAGCAAUUAUUGUUCGUUCACAAGAUGCACCAAAUUCCAAAGCACGCGUGUUCAAACUCAACGUAAAUCUUGCCUCGCAACCAGUGAUGAUCGAACGCACACCAGGACCGAUUAAGUCUGGACCAUUUGUGUACAUCCUUUGGGGCUCUGUGUCACAAGUACAGGGACAGUAUCCUCCUGAAGCAUUUGAAGGGGAGCAGGAAGCUCUAGCAACGGCAACGGCGAAGUCCAAAAGGAAUAAUGCCUCUUAG